UAGUGGCAGUAAGCUGGAAAGCUCGCGGUCCGUCGCCGGAAAGUUUGGGAGCAGUUUGGCUCGUUACCGAAUGGUGUAAUUGUGCUUAUAUUCAAUUUUUUUGCACAUCUAACAGUGACUUUUUACGAAUCUGCAGCAAAGUUCGAAGCCACAGCAGCGAAAGAAAUGGUUCAUUAGCUGACCAACGGGACUACAACGGCGGCCUUAUUUACAAGGUGUAAAAUAUACAUGAAGAGUUUUCCAAUAUCGUCGCGCGGAAAUGAGGGCCAUUUAAAUGAGACGCGAAUGAGUUCCCCACCUGAGCCUUCCCCUGUUCCGGUGCAAGGAGUCAAUGUUUUCCUGACAGUGUUUAUCCUUAGUGUAGUUGUCGUUGGAAUAUUCCUGUUCUGCUACUGCUGCCACAAAGGGAACAAGAAACCCAGUCCAAGUCUAUCAGCAAUGAUCUGGAGGGAUCCAGGCAUGCCUUUGCAGAUUUAUACGGUGGAAGCAGCACAAAACAGACUGGUCCAAAUGGAGGACUACACAGAGACGGACGUUCCUCAAUAUCCAACCCCCAGUUCACCUCCACCUUACGACACCGUAAUCAAGGCCGAUGAAGCUCAGACUACAUUCAAAUCGGACACUUCGCGACCUCCAUCGUAUGAGGCCGCUUUACGAAGCCUAGAUAAACCUUCGCCAGUUCACUGGACUCAAUAUGCAUGAUUUAUCAGUGCGUUUUAUUGAGAGUGAUAAUAGACUUGUAUAAGAAAAUUGCUUGUGAAUAAUUAAACCGACCGAAAGAUGGCCGGGAAAUGCUAGCAGGCGUGCAAGACAAUCAUUAUCUGGGCGAGGUUUCGCCUAAGUUUGGGAAAACGGAAAUUUUUUUUCGGGGGAAAUCGGAUACGCGCACGGAACUUUGUGUUGCUGGGGGGCACAAAGACUUAUUUAUACAUAGUUUCACUUUUAGUGUUUAGAAGUAGUUUUGCUCCGGAAAGGUGCAGUUUAUCUGGAUAAACCGGAAUUUGGAGUUAUUUGCCCAGUGUUUCUCAAUUUCUCAGCCCGGCGGUUGCUAACAUGUAACUUGAGUUGUUGAGCGUAAAAGGAAACAAAAAUAAACAAGAACUUCCUGGGAGUUUCCAUCCGGACAUUUUUUGCACUUCAUUAACCAAGAUACUCUUGAUUGGAUGAUGACUUGCUCAUGCUUUCCUGCAGUUUUUGGUCAACUUCAAUCUUUCAUCCAGUCAAUCAGUCCAAUCACUUCCAGUCCAAAUAUAUUAACGAAAAAUAGUUGCUUUGACUGUUGCCUUUUUUCCUCCGAAGAUUUGCAAUUUAUAAAGCCGGAAAAAGUGGAAUAACAACGAACGUUGGGCAUAAAACCACCAACUUAAGGGCUGUUUUGAUUAGGAAUCACCGUAAAACCAUGCCAGCACUUCUCUAGGCCGCUGUGGAAUUUGUCAAUUUCAGACCUAAUUUAGGCUAUUUACCGUUUGAAUUUUUCAGUGGUAGCCACAUAUAGAUGCACAUGGCCCGGAUAAGCGCCAUUGAAUAAUAAACACUUUAUCCAUCGAGAAUUUUCAA